CAGGGUAACAUUGUUCCAGUCCUUAUUCCUCAAGGGGAUUCAGCUCACUUCUCCAGCAAUGGCAACAGCCAUGCCAAACCUUGCUCCUGCACUCAUCUUUGUAAUUGCUUGGGCUUGCAGGUUAGAGAAGGUUAAACUGAGUUGUCUAUACAGCAGAGUAAAGAUUGUUGGGACAUUGUUGUGUGUGGUAGGUGCCCUUUCUAUGAGCCUAUUGCACAGCACUACCUCCUCACCCAAGGAGUCCAAAAUGACAGUUCCCUCACCUGCUAUGAUCUUCGACUGGGACAAGAUCGUCGGUUGUUUGUACCUCAUGGCUGCCGUCUUGGUUUUAUCUAGCAAUGUAGUCUUACAGGCCACAACUCUGAGUGAUUUUCCUGCUCCAAUAUCCUUAUGUGCCAUAACAUCCUUGAUUGGGGUCUUCAUAACUGCAAUGCUGCAAUUGUUGGAAGAUCAUAAGUUUGAAUUUGAUUCGCCUCUUGUCAGCACAAGAGACCUAAUAGCCUAUUCUGUACUGGGAGGUUCUGUGGGUGGAGUUUGUGUGAGCUUCAAUGGAUGGGCAAUGAAGAAAAGGGGACCGGUUCUCGUCUCCAUGUUUAGCCCCAUUGGAACAGUUGUCUCUGUCAUUCUCUCUGUCAUUACCUUAGGUGACACCAUCAACAUGGGAAGCCUUGCUGGUAUGGUUCUUAUGUUCACUGGUCUCUACUUUGUGCUGUGGGCAAAAGGGAAAGAAGGUCUCUCAUAUGCAGAUAGCUUGGAAAGUGAGUUAGAUGAAGAGAAGCCUCUCUUAAGUUAAUACUAGAAAAGUUAUAGAUUAGUUAAGUGUCUAAUUAGGGGUCUAGAAAAAUCAAAGUUGUUUAAGCUUUAAUGCAUAUGAACCUGUCUGCUAUAAACAUGAUUAAUGCAAGUUCAAGUUUGAUGAAAAUGUUGUGAAUUGCAGUUUCUUGAAAUGUUGAUUAGGAAUGUAAUGUAAACAGUAUUUGCAAUCAGUAAUCUGAACUGUUUUUGCAGAACCAUGAUAUUGCUGCAGUCUGCUGCUGUUCUCAUUCUAUGUAGAGAUGAUAAAGAUAAAAGAUAGCUUGAAGU